GACCGCUUCCUAGUUCUGCUGCGAUGCCUGCAUUUCGUCAACAAUGCUACAGCCAUCCUAAAUGACCAGUUAUUCAAAAUAAGAAAUGUUCACACCAGCCUGACAUCAGCAUUUGGUCUGGUCUUUGCGCCAUACAAGGACCUAAGCAUUGAUGAGUCAUGUAUGUUAUGGAAAGGUAGGCUGGCGUUUCGUCAAUAUAUUCCCUCCAAAAGGCACAGGUUUGGGGUCAAGUUCUUUGUCAUGAGCAACGUGAAGACAGGAUUUGUCCAGGACAUUAUAGUCUACACAGGUUCCACCACUGACAUCCAACAUUAUGAGGGGCUUGGGGUGUCCAGGUCCGUGGUGAUGGCCAUGCUGGCUCCUCAUCUCAGCAAGGGACACACUUUGUAUGUGGACAAUUGGUACAGCAGUCCCACACUCUUCCAGCAUCUGCUCUCCAACAGCACAGGGGCCUGUGGCACAGUCAGGUCGAACAGGAAGGGGAUGCCAGUAUUCAGAUGCAGGAAGAUGCAGAGAGGGGAGGUGGAGUUCAAGGAGAACGGUUAA